UUCUGUGCUGCGGAGAUAGCCUGGCUAGCUAAACCGAGACAGCUCAGCUCAGCUCGUUCACACUCACAGUCACCGACGUGUAACAUCUCUGUAGCGGUCUGUAGUCGGUUUAUAGGAACCACCGCUCCGCUGCCACCUAUGUAACCGAGCGAUAUGGGUCCGUGUAUCUGGUGCACUUAUCACACGUGAACAAACAGUCGGGAGAACAGACGUGCCGCUCGCCCACGGCUUCACUCUUUAUUUGUUUCCCUAAACUCCCGUUACGGUAACGGGAGUUUAGUCUCUGCUUGCAUUCCCCUGAUUCUAUGUGUUUGUAUGCAUGUCCCAUCUUUAAUCGUUAACGUUGUAGCUGCGCCCUCCAUGCCUCCACUAGUGGCGUGUUUAAUGGCAUAUCACAGUGAGUUGUGGGUAAUUCAGUUGGGCAAAGUCUGCAUUUGACAGAAAGGGUUUAUAGAGGGCUCAAAAUACUUGCAAGAGACACUCGAGUAUUUGGUAUAGAGCCGUAAUCCUUCACGGGCUUUGGGAGCGCGCGCCUCAAGGCACGUGCGUGCUUACCGUAUGAAUGUCCGGUUUGAGCCCGAACGUUUGAGGUCGAUCAAUCACAUGCGCGAGGCCGCCGGGACAGCCGCUUGGAAAUGUGACUGCCGACUGACUCACCCGGAAAUAACUAACCGGCGCUAACGUCCACGUGCCGUGGAGUAAAAGCAGAGUUUACUUCACCAACCUUUCGUCCCCCAGCACACUGACAGAGACUCCCGGUCGAGCCGAAGGCGCCCUGACAGCAGCACGCAGCCGCGUCAUGGCGAACAGCGCGCCUCUUUCUUCCUGGAGGGAAUGCUUUGUAGUGAAGCGGAUCCGCAUGUUGGUCCCUGUUGGCUUCAAGACCGAAAUAAAAGAGUUAUCUAAACUGGCAGCACCGGUGGUUAUUGCCCAGCUCAUGGUGUUUGCAGUGAGUUUUGUCAGCACUAUUUUCUGUGGCCAUCUGGGGAGGAAAGAGCUGGCAGGGGUUUCUUUGGCAAUAUCAGUUAUUAAUGUCACAGGUGUAUCUAUUGGAGCUGGUUUGGCUUCAGCAUGUGAUACUCUGAUGUCUCAGACAUUUGGGAGCAAUAACCUCUUGAGAGUUGGGGUCAUUCUUCAGCGGGCAAUCCUUAUUUUGUUACUGGCGUGUUUCCCCUGUUGGGCGAUCCUCGUUAAUACAGAGGGCAUUCUGUUGGCUGUCAGACAGGAGCCCGAGGUGGCCAGGUUGUCUCAGAUGUACGUGACUAUCUUUAUGCCAGCUCUUCCAGCUACAUUCAUGUAUUCAUUACAAGCAAGAUAUCUGCAAAACCAGGGCAUCAUAUGGCCGCAGGUAAUCACAGGCAUUGUGGUCAAUCUUCUUAACGUCCUCAUCAACUACAUCUUCCUUUACCUAUUUAAGAUGGGAGUAGCAGGUUCUGCUGUUGCCAACACCGUUUCCCAGUUCUCCUUGGCUUCAGUUCUCUACGCUUACAUCAUGUGGAAAGGUCUUCACAAGGCCACCUGGGGAGGCUGGUCUAAAGAGUGCCUGCAGGACUGGGGCUCAUACAUCAACGUGGCCAUCCCCAGCAUGAUCAUGAUGUGUGUCGAGUGGUGGACGUAUGAGAUUGGAGGCUUUCUGGCAGGUCUAAUAAGUGAGGUGGAGCUUGGAGCUCAAGCGGUUGUAUAUGAAAUUGCUUCUGUUGCGUACAUGUUCCCUCUGGGUUUAAGUAUAGCAGGCAACGUAAGAGUCGGAAAUGCUUUGGGAGCCGGAGACACGGAGCAGGCGAAGCUGUCCGCUAAGCUGACUAUGUUCUGUGCAGUGUCAGUCUCCAUAUGUUUGUCCGUUGUCAUUGGGAGCCUGCAUAACCACAUCUCCUAUGUCUUUACAGAUGACGAACAAAUACGGGAACGGGUUGCUGAUGUCAUAGCUUUAUAUGCACCAUUCAUCCUCCUAGAUGCAAUAGCAGCGGCCUCGGGAGGCAUUAUAAGAGGAACUGGUAAACAGAAGAUUGGGGCUAUUUGCAACAUUUUAGGAUAUUAUGGUGUUGGUUUUCCCAUCGGAGUGUCUCUGAUGUUUGCAGCCAAAAUGGGAAUCAAAGGUCUUUGGUCGGGCUUGUUUAUCUGCGUAUUUCUGCAGUCUUCAUUUCUGAUUUUCUACCUCAUAAGAAUGAACUGGGUGAAAGCCAGAGACGAGGCUCAGAUCAGAGCGGGAGUGCGUGAGAAGAUCAUAGACACAAGUCCCCAACUAGAUGAUCCAAGGCAAACCGACACGACGGACAUGGUUCUCCCUGAGGCGGAACCAGCAGUAAAGACAGUGGAGGACGGGUUCUCUUACAGGGCUCUGGUUCUGAAUAGAGGCCUCAUUCUGGCUGUCAUGCUUUUAAUCCUGGCUGUUGGGAUAAUUCUUAACCUGUUGAUCACUAACUUGAUAACAUGAGCAAAGUCUAUAGUAUAAAGUGAUGUAACUCACAAGUGCACAAUAUGAUGCAGCGGUUGACCUUGCAGGAUGUCAAAGCAGGGCGUGCAGAAGCAAGGCACACAUGCAGACAGGAGACGGAGCCCAGGGUGUGAAAUUGUGUAAACUUAAUGAAUUAUUGUCAAACCAAUAAUUCACAAGAUCUUCCAGUGAAUCUGCAGUAUUUGUCUCAACCAACCUUGUCAAAGGGAAUGAGUCAUAGUAAAGACAGUUUGAUAACUUUCGUAUUUAAGGCAUUACAUUGUGGUUAUUUUUGGUUUCUUGAAGGAACAACAAUAUAUUUACUGGAUUAAAUCAUAAAAAGAAGGGUCACUUUUGAGAAAUUGA